UCUGGCAAAAGGGUGGUAGUAAAGCGCGGGCGCCGGAGUUAAAAUUAUUUUUUCUUCAAUCGCCCAAGCGAAAACAUCACAAACGGCCGGCUCGGCGAGUUCUUCGCGUAACAAGCUCAGUGAUAGUGAUCAGUUUUGGUUUUGUUGAAGUAUAGAGGACAGUAAAAACAAUAGCAUCAUGAAUCCCACCCAUCCCAUGGAGGCGGAGGAGAAGUUCAUAAUUUCUGGCCCUCCAGAACCGGCUGAUUUCAUCGAAUCGAGCGGGUCCCUUGGCGAGUUUCUGUACAAGCGAUUGCUCAAGAAUGGCGAUACGACCGGAAUAAUUGAUGGAGUGUACUCAACAGAGUUGCAGUACUUGGAGCUUCUCGAGAAGGCCAUAAGGCUGGCAGAAAGCCUUCGAAGGCAUGCGAACCUGCAGUCGGGCGAUGUCAUGGGCGUUUGCAGCGAAAAUCGUUUGGAGUUUCCGGUGGUACUGUAUGCGGCCUUCUUUCUAGGCGCCGCCGUCGCUCCUAUUAAUUUAACAUACACUGAACGCGAGCUGAAUCAUGCCCUCAACUUAUCGAAGCCCAAGGUACUGUUCGUGUCGCCCUAUUCGGCAGAGCGGGUCAUCAAAGUAGCCGGAUCAAAUCGAAAUUUCAUCGAACGAGUUUUCCUCUUCGGAGACGAGAAUGCCUUCGGUACCAGCGUCACCCUCUACGAGCACUUCCUGGCCACCACGAGUACCAUCAAUCCGCACACGUUUGCUAUCCUUCCGACAAACGUGGACGAACACGUAGCCCUGAUCCUUUGCUCCUCCGGUACCACGGGUUUGCCGAAAGGGGUGCAGCUGACCCAGCGAAACGUGAUGGCAAGCGUUUCCUUGUUGUCCGAGCUGGAGGCAUCCUUCGAAGUACCGGUGGUGGUUCUCGGUGUCAUACCUUGGUUUCACGCGUUCGGUUGCCUAACACUAAUCAAUGUUCUGAGUAACAAGCUGAAGCUUGUUUCGUUGCCCAAAUUCGAAGAAGGUCUGUUUUUGAGUUGCAUCGAGAACUACCGCUGUUCGUUCGUGUUCGUUGUACCACCGCUGAUGGUAUUUCUGGCCAAACACCCGUUAGUGGACAGUUAUGAUCUUUCGUGCGUUAACACCCUGCUUUGUGGGGCUGCGCCGUUAAGCAGAGAAACCGAGGAGCUAGUCAAACGGCGCAUUGGAGUGAAACACGUCCUGCAAGGAUAUGGGAUGAGCGAAACGACACUCGCAAUGCUUGUGCAGACCGCCGAAUGCAAUAAGCCUGGAAGCGUAGGAAAGCUUCAGGUCGGUACGAGGGCAAAGGUGAUUGAUCUCGAAACAGGAAAACCACUAGGCCCCAAUCGUCCGGGCGAGCUGUGUUUUCAGGGGACGCAGAUUAUGAAGGGUUACAUCGGAAACGACAAGGCCACUCGCGAGACGAUCGAUCGGCAUGGCUGGUUGCAUACCGGCGACAUUGGCUACUAUGACGAGGAUUAUGAAUUUUUCAUCAUCGAUCGACUCAAAGAGUUGAUCAAGUACAAAGGCUACCAAGUGCCGCCGGCGGAAAUCGAGUCUAUUUUACUGACGAAUGUUAAAAUUAAGGACGCGGGAGUAGUAGGGCUGCCUGACGAAUUGGCCGGAGAAUUGCCGGUGGCAUUCGUUGUCAAGCAGCCGAAUGUUACUCUUACCGAAGAAGAAGUACGCCAGUAUGUCGCUGAGCGAACAUCUCCCGCAAAACGUCUGCACGGUGGAGUACGUUUUGUAGAAGAAAUUCCAAAGAAUGUGAGCGGCAAAAUUUUGCGCCGUGAACUCCGCGCUCUACUUAAGAAACCACUUGCUAAGCUUUAGAUCCUAGCUACUAGGUCCUCUAGCUACCACAAACCAAUCAACCCUGAUUCUUUUCUCAUUCCUCUGCUUAUAACUAACUCCACUGUGCACCUAGUGCUUUUAAUCUUUCGACAUGGGACCAUGGGACACUACGUAGAACCGGUGCUGGCAAUUUGUAUCGUGGGUGAGCUUUUGAAUGUUCAACAAAUGGUAAAAUACAUGGACACGGUACCUACAUUUUA